AUGGACUAUCUCCUCCCGUCAGGGAUGCAUGCCAUUCCCUCCAACCUUCUUGAUCUACGAUCCGACACCGACAUAGACUUCGACCUGCUACAUCCUCAUCCAGUCAAUAACGUCAAAAACAUAUGGUUCUUUUGGCAUUCCGGCUACGUCAAUAUGCACCCUUAUACGCAACGCACAGUGCGCGCAUGGCACCGCCGACUCGCAAAACAAGGGUGGACUGUACGAAUCAUAGACCGACAGCCAGGGUCAAAGAGCAAUAUCGCCGAGUUCUUGGAUGUUACCGACCCAUCAAUUUUCCCACAGGCCUUCACUGAUGAGACGAUCACUGGCUCUUACGCGCUACAACAUACUUCAGAUCUUGUUCGCUGGCCGCUGCUCCUGCGAUAUGGAGGUGUUUAUGCCGACGUGGGUAUGAUGCAAAUUGGUGAUCUAGAUACGCUGUGGAACGAGACAAUUGCAAACCCUGAAUCUCCAUACGAGGUUUUGUCUUAUACGCCCGGUGGCCAAGAUAAUUACAGUCUAUUGAAUUAUUUCCUCGCCGCAUUGCCAAAUAAUGCUCUUUUCGCGCGUUGCCAUCGUCUGCUUCUCGCUCUUUGGGGCGCAGAUGGGGGCAAGACAAGCACCGAUGGAAUGCACGCUAGCCCACUGCUACAAGGCGUUCCUCUGAUGGGCGGCGAAUUUACAAUCACUGAGGAUGAUGGGACAUUUAUCGGCCCCGCUGAGGUCAGCCGUCUUUUGACCGACUAUAUUAUCCAAGGCCAGGUUGCUAGUGCAGUUAUGGGACUGCUUGAUCCGGAAGACAAUUGGGAUGGCCCCGCCUAUUGCAUGAAACACUUUUACGCGAUCAAUUUUAUGGAAGGAUCACAGCUUAUUAAUGAGUUGACUGCCUGGAACGGACAAAAGGCAUUCGAUUUGAUGUCACUAUCUAUACCGAAAGACGGGGAACAAGAGUCUAGUCAACAAAAGAUAGCUCGUGAAAUUGUUGAGGCAUGUCUUUCACGCAGUUUUGGUUUCAAGCUUGCUCACGGCCUCAUUCUACGCGUGAACAAACUUACGCUUGGAUCCUUGUGGCGAGAUAACCCGGGAUCCGACAUUGUACCUGGCACAUAUGCGGCUUGGCUUCGACAUGGGAUUACCUACUGGAAUCAAAAUCAUGUCCCUGGUCGAGUGGCACUCUCGUUGAUCCCUCCUACAAAAGUUGGAAGAUUAUUAUUGUAA